UUUCCGGUUCUUUUGUCAGGCAGCCAGCGUACUGUUUUAUGUCGGUUUGUAACCUUGCCUCUGUGGAAAGGGUGUUCAGUCUAAUGAACAAUCUUUGCACAAACAAUCGGGACCGUCUAUCACACGACACAUUGACAGCACUAAUGAUGCUGUGCAGAGAGAUGGCGGACAAGUACAACAAGCUGUUUGAACUUGGCUCGGGCUCGUUUGGUAAAGCCUGGGUAGUGUUGGAAAAACAGACUGGCAGAAAAUGUGUGUCAAAAGAGAUACAGAUAUCUGGCCUGGGCAAGAAGGAGAUGGACCGAUGUGUGGUGGAGGUCUGGAUGUUGAGCAUCUGUUACCAUGUCAACAUAGUCAGGUAUAUCCAGGCAUACGUCAGCGACGGCUGUCUUAACAUCGUCAUGGAGUACGCUAGCGGUGGUGACUUGAGCCAGAAGAUAGAGAAGCAGAAUGGCAUUCAUUUUCCACAGGAGACUGUGCUGGACUGGUUCCUGCAAGUAGUGCUGGCCUUGGAGUACAUCCACAGCAAGAAGUUCCUGCACAGAGAUUUGAAGCCCCAGAACGUGUUCCUCACACUGUCAGGUAUUGUCAAGCUGGGAGACUUCGGGAUAGCUCGACAUCUCAUCAACGAGGACUUGGCCUCGACUAGGAUUGGUACCCCACUCUACAUCAGCCCCGAGAUAUGUGAGGGGAAACCCUACAACGACCGCAGUGAUAUGUGGGCUGCAGGCUGCCUGCUGUUUGAGAUGUGCGCCCUUCAAGUGCCCUUCCACGCACAGAUGUUUGACUCCCUUGUCGCCAAAAUACUCAAGGCUGAAUAUGAACCUUUACCAAGCCAGUACACAGACAUGAUUGAGCCCAUACUGUGUAGACUUCUAGUGGUGAAUGUGGCAGAACGCUACACAGCCAAGCAAAUACUGGACCUGCCAGAACUGGCCAGCACAGUGACUCCCCUUAGAAACAAGAAUGCUGAGUAUCGAAGGUCAAGGUCUAGGUCACUGGACAGAUGGGAGGCCAAUCAAAGUGAGAGCAAAAGGUCAGCGAGUGUCACGAAACCAACUGAGAAAAAGAAUUUGGUUAAACAGUGUGUGGUAAACAUUGAGAAGUCAAAGGGAAAGGCUGCAAGUGUGUCUGCUCCUGGUAGUGAUAGAGAUAACAGGAAUAUCGUGGACGAUGGUAGAGUUUACAGGAAUAUAGUGGAAGAUGGAGGUGGGGGUCAGAAUGGGAACCAACUGAUAGAUAAUUUGGAUGGGAGAAAUAAUGACCUGAACUGCAAUGACCGCCAAGUACCCAAUCGAAACAUUGUGGGCAAUCAAACAGAUAAUGCUGCUGAAAUUCAGGCAUCUAAAGGGUCCCGAACAUACACAAUCAAGGAUUCGGCAUUCAGGAAGUUGUCGGCUGCCUCCCCGGCGCUGUCCAACACAAUCAGACAGCAACGCUUCUCUGUUUCUGUGACAGAGGCUUUUACUGUGAAAUCACAGUCUUCUGGUAGCGUUUCAUAUAGGGGAGACAAUCCAAGUGAAGCAGGGGAUGACGAGGUUUUUUCCCCUCUCAAAGACCAAACCAACAAGCCUUGUGUGGACUCCAGGACUUACACAAUUGACAAAGGCCACCAGCUGCGCCAGACCAGCCACAGGGCCCUGGUGGACGCGCUCUCGCUGUACCGACACGGCGCAGCGCACACCAAGCAGGCCCUCUACCAGGAACUGGUCCACUACCUCGGCCCUGCGCAGGCUCGUGACAUGCUGGCUCGCGUGUCACAGUGCGUGUUGGAAGAUGGGCAGGGGUACGCAGGGCUGCAGGGGACCCUUAGUGAGACUGAGUUUGAAUUGCUGCCCCUUGUGUGUAUGGUGCUGGUCAUGUGACCGUGUUGUAGAGCUUUGUUUAGUUUAGUCAGUUUUCUAUAUUACAGCAUAAUCAGGGCUUAACUGUCAUUUUCCAAAUUAGCCAAUGGCUUCUAUCGGAUCAAUUUGGCUAUAGCAAAUUCUAUUUUGCUUAAUCUAUUCCUUUAUAAAUACUUGUAAAAUAAUCAAAUGAGUAAUUUGCCAAGGCAAGUCAAAAUUGGCUUUUAAAAAAUCAAGGCAGGGGAAGCCCUAGUUCGUUGGUAAGGUCAGACAGUUAUAUAGUUUUGAGAAACACCUGAUGAAUUUACACUUUAGGUGUGUGAUACUAGAAGGUUCUGAAGUGACAUAGAAGAGUAAUGCUACCUGCUCCUUUUUUGGUUUAAUGGCCGAUAUUCUCAAUACUCGUCUUUUGAGUUGAGUUAACAAAUAGAGAAUGUUCUUGACACUGGGCAUAAUGCUUGUGCAUAAAGUGUCGUCCCAGAUUAGCCUUUGCAGUCUGCACAGGCUAAUCAGGGAUGACACUUUUCGUCUAAAUUGGAUUUUUGCUAAGUAGAGACUUCAUUUAAACAAAUUGACAUAAAAAAGGAAAGUGUCGUCCCUGAUUAGCCUGUGCAGAUUGCACAGGCUAAUCUGGGAUGACACGUUAUGCACAUGCAUUAUGCCCAGUUGAGAAUGUUCUUGAUACUGAGCCAAAGUCACACACCGAGGUUAAAUUUACCAGUUUGUAGUAAAUAUGCCUUAUUUUGUUAGGAUUAUACCAUACAUCAAAAUAUUUGCACCCAUUCAUAAUAAAUAUAUAAGGCGGGAGAUAUCAAUUCAACAAAUUUGCUUGUUGUACUUAAUUGUAUAAUGUGUUUACCUGUCAUGCUCAAAGAUAUAGUUUACAUUGCAUAUUUGGUAAGUCCUACAGUUCUUUAAGUGUUCAGUGUAUUAUUACUCUUUUGAUUUAUUUGACCUCUUUGUCUUACACUGGACCUGGCUGGACCUGGAAUGGCAUAUUGACUUUGUAUGCCCCCACUUUAUGAGGGUGAAGGGGUCAUGUAUACUCAUCCUUGUACGUGUCUGUCUGCUUCCACUUUUUUGUUUUACUUGUUAAGACAGAAUUGGUGCUAGAAGGAAUUAACUUUGCAAAUAUAUUAUCCAGCUUGUGAACUUUUGCCCCUCCCUAUUUUGGUGCAGAUAUUUUCAACAUUGUGUUGUGCCAAACUCAAUAAGGUUUAUUUGGCAGAGGUCUAAAACUUUACUAACAGAUUAACCCUUUGCAUGCUGGGAAAUUUGUCUUCUGCUAAAGUGUUGUCUGCUGAAUUUCUAAAAUUAGCAUUUUCUUCGAUUUUUUUCAAAGAAUACUAUCAGAAUAGCAAACAGUUUGGAUCCUGAUGAGACGCCACGUUUUGUGGCGUCUCAUCUGGAUCCAAACUGUUUGCAAAGGCCUUCAAAAUUCGGUUCCCGCACUGAAAGAGUUAAUCACAAUGUGAACUUGAGAAUCUUUAUAUUUGGGUUAUGAUAUUUUAAUUUUUAACAAAGUUAUGACACCUUUUUAGACUAAAAUACAUAGUUAAUUGUGUUGAAUCAAACUUAAAAACUAUUGCUGCUCGAGGGCUGAUUCUUUACAUACAUAUUAACUGCCUUGUGAACGUGCACACCUCAAUAUUUUGGCUUGCAGUUUUUUGACACAGCAGACAUUAGUCCGUUUUUAUAUGAAAAAAUUACAUGUUUCUCUUGUGUCACGCUUAUCUCAGAGUACUGCUGCUAAAGGGCUGAACAUUUACUGAAAAUUAUUAAACUUUUGCACAUCCAUAUCUUAACUUGCGUCACACAUAACUCAAAAAGUAUAUCAGUGAAAGGGCUGUAACUUAACAAACGUAUUAACCAGCAUGUUCACUUGUGCACUUACAUAUUUUGCUUUGAAUGCUUUCUACAAAGUGAAGUUGUGGCCCUUUAUAGAAAAAAAUACCAUUACAUUUUUUAACUUUCGUCAUGCAUCACUCAAUAAGUGGAACUUUUUGGUUCAAUUUUUGCUGACACAAGUGAAGUUUUCAGACAAAAGCUAAAAGUGAAGGCAUCCAUGACAAUUGGGCACAUUUCUAGUUCAUACAAUUUUGGCCUGUUGUAAUUUUAAGAAGUGUUUAUGUACAGUUUUGCAUUUUUGUUUAUUGUUUGUAACUAUUCAUAAUAUACUUCUUAAGUACAUGUAUUGCAUACAUGCGUUUCCUUAUUUCUGUGUUAAAUAAAGAUGUCAUUUG